AUGGAAAUAUAUUCGCCUAUUGCAAGUGCAAAAUCACUUCAACAAAUCAGUGGAAAUUUUCAUUCAAUGUUGUCAACAAAUUGGCAAGAAUGGAGUAAUUGGAGUAAAUGUAGGAAUGAUGAACGUACAAGAUUUCGUUUGUGUGUAUCACCAUUAUCACCAUUAUCACCGUUAUCAACAUUAUCAUCAGCAGUAUCAUCAUCAUCAUCAUCAACAUCACAAUUUACUAAUGAUACAAUGAUUAUUAAUAGUACUAAUUUCAAUAAUAAUAAUAAUAAUAAUAAUGCAACAAUUGAAAUGAAUUUGUUAACAAUUUGUGAAUUAAACAAAAUUGAAACUGAAAAGCAAAUUUGUUUUAAAGCAAAUAAAAAUGAAAAGUUAGUUAAUUUAAAUCCAUUUAUGAUUGAAGAAGAAAUUACUGCGACAUAUUUGAAACGACCGAAGAUUAAUCCUGAACCAAUUAAAAUAGUCAAAAUUCAACGUAAUUGA